AUGAGCCCGGCCCCCGGCGUCCCGGCCCCCCGGCGGUGGCGGCGGCGGCGGCUGCGGCCCCCGUGGCGGCCGGGCAUGAAGGCGUUCGGCCGGCGGGCCCUGGUGCUGUGCGCCGGCUACGCUCUGCUGCUCCUGCUGCUGCUCACCGCCCUCGGCCUCCUCGACCCCACCAGGCCCAAGCCCGACCCCAGGCUGGGCUGCGGGGGGCCCCACCCCGUGGCCCUCGGCCAGGACCGGCCGAGCCCCGCGCGGGACCCCGGCGGCCCGGACCCCCUCGACCCCCUGCACCCCCAGGUCCGGGACGUCCUGCACCCCCGGCUCCUGCUCCCCCGGAUCCCGGACCCCCUGCCCCCCCGGAUCCCGGACCCCCGGGUCCCGGCCCCCCCGCCCCCCCACGUCCCGGCCCCCCUGUCCCCCCGGGUCCCGGCCCCCCUGCCCCCCCGGGUCCCGGCCCCCCGCCCCGCGUCCCCCUCGCAGGGCCCGGGCGGGCGUCGACUGGUGUACGUGUUCACCACGUGGCGCUCGGGCUCGUCCUUCUUCGGGGAGCUGUUCAACCAGAACCCCGACGUGUUCUUCCUCUACGAGCCCGUGUGGCACGUGUGGCAGAAGCUCUACCCCGGCGACGCCGUGUCCCUGCAGGGCGCCGCCCGGGACAUGCUCAGCGCGCUCUACCGCUGCGACCUGUCCGUCUUCCAGCUCUACGGCCCCGCCGGCGCCGCCGGCCGCAACCUCACCACCCUGGCCAUCUUCGGCGCCGCCACCAACAAGGUGGUCUGCUCCUGGCCCCUCUGCCCGGCCUACCGCAAGGACGUGGUGGGCCUGGUCGACGACCGGGUCUGCAAGAAGUGCCCGCCGCAGCGCCUGGCCCGGCUGGAGGAGCAGUGCCGCCGCUACCGGGUGCUGGCCAUCAAGGGCGUCAGGGUCUUCGACGUGGCCGUGCUGGCGCCGCUGCUGCGGGACCCGGCCCUGGACCUCAAGGUCAUCCACCUGGUGCGGGACCCCCGGGCCGUGGCCAGCUCCCGCAUCCGCUCCCGCCACGGCCUCAUCCGCGAGAGCCUGCAGGUGGUCCGCAGCCGGGACCCCCGGGCCCACCACGCGCCCUUCCUCGAGGCGGCCGGCCACAAGGCGGCCGCCAAGAAGGAGGGCCGGGCCGGGGCCGGGGGCGCCGCGGACUACCACGCGCUGGGGGCCAUGGAGGUCAUCUGCGGCACCAUGGCCAAGACCCUGCAGACGGCCCUGCGGCCCCCGGACUGGCUGCGGGGCCGCUACCUGGUGGUGCGCUACGAGGACCUGGUGGGCGACCCCGUCAAGACCCUCCGCCGCGUCUACGGCUUCGUGGGGCUCCUGGUGAGCCCCGACAUGGAGCGCUUCGCCCUGAACAUGACCAGCGGGUCCAGCUCCUCCUCCAAGCCCUUCGUCGUGUCGGCCCGCAACGCCACCCAGGCGGCCAGCGCCUGGCGCACGGCCCUGACCUUUCCGCAGAUCAAGCAGGUGGAGGAGUUCUGCCACCAGCCCAUGGCGCUGCUGGGCUACGAGCGGGUCAGCGGCCCCGAGGAGGUCAAGGACCUGAGCAAGACGCUGCUCCGGGAGCCGCGGCUCUGAGGGAUCGGGGCUGACCGCCUCCCCGCACCUGAGCCGGUCCCCGGGACUCGCGGCCGGACCCGCCUCGGACCGUCGGGGCCGGGGCCCGGUCCUGCCGGGUCGUGCCCGUCUGGGGUCCGCGCGGGCGGGCGCGUGGCGCGCGCUCGGGAGCUCUGGUUUGAGUCGCUGGGGGUCCGAGGAUCAGCCGGGGCCCAGGUCGCGGAGGACCCCCUACUCCCGUCCUCCCCAUCCCACCCACCCCGCCCCGCCUCCCCUUCAGGCGGCCGAAAUCUCGUCUACGACCUCUCUGUAGCGUUUUGGUAGCGGUGGUGAACCUGCACGGGCCCUCAGCCCCCCGCUCUCCGCCCGGGGAGGCGAGGAGAGGUCGGAGGAGACCGUGGCAGGGAGGAAGAGGAAGAAGGGGAGGAGGAGCUGGGGCAGCCCGGUGACGCACAGCAGGAGUGAACUUUUGUGUGAAUAGCGAAGGCGACAAGGUCUGAAUAAAAAUAAAUGAUAUUCAUUUUUUUAA